AUGAUAAGGAUACGUCAAAUAGUUUUAAAGUACUUGGUAACAAUAAUUUUGAUUGUUCCAAAGAAACGGACAGCUAUUCUAGUAAACAGACUAAUGGUUGCUUUAAAGGAAGCACUUGAUAAAGAAGGAAGAAAUGAAAUGUUAAAGACUACUAGUAGUAUAGGACAAUUUUCAUCAAAAAAUAGUAAAACGUAUUCCAUGAACGAAGAUGAUUUAAGAUCAAUGGAAAGAAGAGGACAAGGCGGUAUUGGUUCACAAAAAGCAAGAAGUUAUUGGAGAUGCUAUUUUAACGCUGUAACAUGUUUUUAACUCUUCUUAUUUAAAUAGAAGUUAACGUGGAUGUGUUAGUGGACUAAUUUUACGAGUUAUUUACACUUCAACCCAACAUAAAUAUAUCGCUUCAUGCGAAAAGUGCAGGUGGUGUAAACUUGAGGUUUGAAUUUUCAGUUUAAUUAAUGGCCGGUUUCACAUUAUUGAGUUACCUUCUGGUUAGUAAAUAUGUAGUGGCAACCAGCCUUACGGCAAACAGGUGUUUUUAAUUUUACUUUAUGUUUUGGAAUAAAUAAUUUUGAUUUUGUUUACUGGAACCUAAUUUUAGUUAAAUAUUUAGUUUGUACCUCUAUUAAAUACUUAUAGGCUA